AUGUUUAUCUUUUACAUAUUCAUGGGCUUUACUCUUUAUCCUGAAAUUGAGUUCUUGCAUCCAAAUAAGGAUAUUUUUGUGUUUGAUCUCGAUAACACGCUACAUCCGAUGGAGGAUCAAAUAAAUACGAAGACAGAGGAGUGCAUCAUCAGGUAUCUGAAAGAAGAGAAGAAAUUGUACGAUGUAGAAAACCUGAUAGACAGCUCACGGGCCACUUACAGCACCGUUUUAAAGUUUGUGCUUAUGAAGGAGUUGCUGAGCUACGAUGAAUACCUGAACCAUGUAUUCACUAAGGUUGAUUAUGAUGGAAUUUUGAGAAAAGAAGAAAGUAUAAUCAAAUUGCUUGAAAGCAUAGACAAACCACUCUUCAUAAUGAGUAAUGGAACGAAGGCUCAUGUCAAGAAGACUCUCGAGGUGCUGGGAAUUAAACACUUGUUCUGCGGUGUAUUCUAUCUGGGAUAUGAAUGCAACAAUCACGUCGGAAAGCCAGAUCGUAGAGCAUACGAGCUCGUGCAAAAAAUGACCAAUGCAAAGAAAAUACAUUUCUUUGAUGACAAGAAAAGGAACACCAUUGUGGCUCAAUCAUUGGGAUGGAACUGUUACGUUGCAGACUACGGAAGUAUUCAUGAGUUAGUGAAGCGUGUAUUGGCUAGUUAA